AUGGCCGAUUCCAUAAUCUCCAUUCCCGAUGUUAUCAGGCUGACUGCUAAGGUCGCCAAAAGCUUUGUGGAGUACGGGAGACAGGUCAAGGAUGCCCCCAGGCUAAUUAUGAAUAUCCACUUAGAGGUCAAUGCUCUAAAGACCAUCCUGGAGACUCUUUACAUGACUCUAGGUGAUAAUGAGGGGUCUACCCAGAGGGCAGGGCUUUCCGAUUCCCUAAACCAGUGCAAGCGAAUAUUGAACGAGCUUCAGUUGUUGGUGUUACCGGAAGUAGAAACAGAGUCUGACGAGGAAGAGCUCCCCGACAAGAAGACACCACGGAAUACGCAGAAUCCUUUUCGUAGAUUUGGACACGGAAGAGCAACACCCGCACCAUCUCGUCACCAGCAUAAUGAAAGCUCCAAAGUAGACCACCUGCUAUCUUUGAUGCAGACCCAGAUCGGCCCCGAGCACCAUCUCGCACAGCCCGAGCCACAUAUCUUCAACAUGAACCAAACCGUUCCUAGAGGGCCAGCACGGUCGCCUCGUAGGCGUCCGAUAAUCAAUCUUUCGACGCGGUUCAAAUGGCCAUUGUUCCAGAAGGGCAAGGCAGAGGAGUUACUAAAACAGCUCGAGAGGCAGAAAACCCAGCUGAGUUUAGCGGUACAGACCGAUAAUGCCAUGAACCUCAACUCUAUCGCCCAUUCCAUAAAGGAUAUUGAGGCUAAUCUUAACGAUAACGAGAAGAGAGCAGUCUUGGCUUGGUUGUGCCCCAGAAUUGACAUGCAUGAGUUCCAUCGUGAACAACACGACAAGCAGGAGGACGAGACAUGCGAAUGGAUAACCACUUCUCGCGGCUGGAAGCAAUGGCUUAACGGAGGCUCAUAUGAGCCCAACGGCUACCGCCGUUUCAUAUGGAUCUACGGCAUCCCCGGCGCUGGAAAGACGGUUUUGGCAUCGUUUCUCAUCGAUAGUGUUGCGGUCCAUUGUCGAGCGACGGGAUAUUCAUACUACUAUUGCCACAAUGAACGAAACCAGGAUGAGACAAUCCACUUCCUGCGUUGGGUAGUAGGAGAUUUGAGCCGACAGAUCGAUCGCUUUAUCCCUAAGGAAUUAGAUAAGCUUAGCCAAUCCCAACGUUUCACUAUCGAAGGCCUUAUGGACUGCUUCGCAGCCAUUUCUAGAAAGUUUAAGAGUGAAGGCCGUCGGGUGUACCUAGUGAUCGAUGCCGUGGACGAAAGCAAAAAACCGCGCAAAAGGUUGCUCGACGUGCUGAUCGCAAUGGGCACGGAUAUAACUUAUGAGAACGUCUCAAUAUUGAUGACGAGCCGUGAAGAGGAAGAUAUUGGAGACGCAAUGGCUCAGACUGCGAGCAGCGCACAGCGUUCACUUCCAAGUACGGUCCGUGAUUCAGAUGUCUUAAGCAGUGCCUUUAUGCCUUAUACGUCUAUCACGAUGUCGAAUAGCGAUGUUAUGCGAGCGAUCCAGAAAUACGUUGAGAAGCAGUUUGAACGAAACGCCAAGUUCAGACUGUGGGCGCCAGAUUUUAGGGCAGAGAUAGAGAAAAAGCUGGCGAGAAAUGCUAGAGGAAUGUUCCGAUGGGUUGCAUGCCAGAUCGAUAUUCUCGAACGUAUCUAUAUGGACUCAGACAAGGUGUCGAAAGCACUGGAUGAUUUGCCGGAGACGCUGUUCGACACGUACGAGAGAAUACUCAAAAGCAUACAGUCAGAACAGCACGCAUUCGCUCGCACGGCUCUGGCGCUAAUAUGUAGCAACACCUUCAAGGUCAAGAGCGCCGACGUAUUAGUGCAGGCAUCGCUCCACGAUGUUCGACAUGGCGCAAUGCACAAGUAUGAUGUCGAGACAUUAAAAGACAUUCUCGGCUGUCUAAUCAAGGUAACCAAUUUGAGGAAAAGGCCUCAGUCCAAGCUCAGACGUGACGAUGAUUCUCCCCUUCAGAAAGUUGCCGUCGCUCAUUAUACCGUCAGGGAGUUCCUCUUUGCGAAAUCAAAAAAAGAUGGGGAACCAAGACCGGCCGGCGAAUUUGCUCUGUCGGAUGGUAGUAUCCGCGUACUAGAGACACAGGUCGUGUUUAAUGGUUUGCUGCAAUGGGGGAGAAAUCGUCCUCCAAACUCACGAUUUCCCACUCGCUAUGAGGAACACUGCCUGGAAAUGAGUGAAUGGGCCAUGCGAGGAGCCCGGCAAAACUUGCUCAUCAAGAAUCAUGGCGUAUGGGAAUCAGUAGUGCAGUGCUUGAUCCCUGGCAGACCACACAUCAAAGCCAUUACAAAUUCAAAUCUCCGUAAACACUUUCCACGGUGGGCAAAGCUGAGUGCACUCGAUGAGCUGUCACCGGUACAACAGCCUCAGGCAGCUCCUAAUAGGCGGUUCCGACAAGAGACGGGUAUUUUGGCGAGCCUCAUCUUGCUCAAUUGGCCGGAAUUUGCGCAAAAAUACCUCAAGGACGCCAAUUUCCAGGUCUUAUCACCCGAAGCAAAGCAUGCCGUCUGGACGAAUAAAUUCACCAUCAACCAGCUGGAUAAUACGGAUAUUCCACGCACGUUUGAAAAGGGGAAGCCGAUCACACUUCUCCAACUGUGUGUGUCGUGGAAACGUCCCGAGUUCUUAGAGCUCUUCAUUGAUGCCGGAGCGAAUUUUACUCAUGAGCCCGAUAUCAUAUUUACGGCUCUUGAAAAUCCCUGGGGUCUCGAUGAAAUCGAAAGUGAUGCAUCUGUUACCAGCCAGCUCUUAAAGAUGCUCCUCGAAGCAGGCGCGGAUCCUAACCCACCCGGCUAUUUAUAUACGCCUCUUCAAUUUGCGGUACACCACCUCGAAGAAAGCUGGGUCCAGAGUCUGCUUAUUGAGGCCCGCGAUGCCAAUUUAAUCGGGGACCCCAAGGGAAAGGAUCCAUAUAGACUUAAAGACAAGGAGAAAGAUCUUAAGGAGGGAGAAGAUCCUUGGUACAGCUUACAUCCUCUUGAGAUAUGUCGUAGAACGACGCCAGGACCAGACAACGAUGGAUCAGAAGGCCUAAAUAGCAAGGCCAAGAAGCGGAUAGAACAGCUGUUAAUUCAGUACGGGGCAGAAAUUGAGCCCGACGUGAUCGAUGUCUCAUCAGAUAGUCCAGACGAAGGUACCUAA